ACAGGAGUUGUCGUACUAUAUCCUGAUGUUUUGUUGAGUAGCUUCGUAUUCAGUUGCGCAAAGGAUUCUGCACGAAUUGGACGCGAGUAUUUGUUGCGCGGAGCGAGUUUCAGUUUUCUUGGUGCUUAGUUCGUUAAUACGUCAAAAAAUUGCGUAUACAUCGCUGCUUGAAGAGCAUAUAUAUAUUUAUUUAAUUCAAAUUUAACGAGCAUUUUUUCGGAAGACAAUAAGUGGAAUCUAAGUUUUCGAAGAAGAAAACAUGCCCUUAUUUAGUACCACUCUUACCAAUAAACUCUUCAACACGGAGUACGAGAAAAUCAUAUAAAAGCUCAGGCCAGCCAACACGGUAGUGAAUAAUGUGCAAACGUCAAUGCUUACUUUGCUACCAAUCUAUACACCGUGCCAAAAAAGCAGCAAGUUGAUGAUGGGCCCUUGGUGUUUAAUCGGAGCACUCUUGGUGCUCUCAACAAGGGUGAAGGACGCCACAAACAACAUUAUAGUGCAACAACGAAGCAGCAGCUCUGGCAGCGGCAACCCUGACGACGAAAACGGUGGUUACACCACAACGUCCGUUAGUGUCGUCAGUAGUGGCGCUGACCGUGACAGCGGAAAAGGAAAAGGGGGCGGUACCGUAGUUAGCGGCAGCGGUGUGAUAGUGACAGGACCUUCAUCCAUGUUAAACGCUGUUGUUGAAGAACCCGAAUUUACUGAAUACAUCGAAAACGUAACUGUACCUGCUGGGCGAAAUGUUAAAUUGGGUUGUUCUGUGAAGAAUCUUGGAUCAUAUAAGGUGGCCUGGAUGCAUUUUGAGCAAUCUGCCAUAUUAACCGUGCACAAUCAUGUGAUUACACGUAAUCCGCGAAUCAGUGUUACACACGACAAACACGACCGCCAUCGCACCUGGUAUUUGCAUAUAAAUAACGUACACGAAGAGGAUAAGGGACGUUACAUGUGCCAGAUAAACACAGUGACGGCGAAGACACAAUUUGGCUACCUAAAUGUUGUUGUGCCGCCCAAUGUAGAUGACUCCCUCAGCUCCAGCGACGUUAUUGUACGUGAAGGUUCAAAUAUUUCGUUGCGUUGUCGCGCUACUGGUAGCCCACGGCCGAUCAUCAAAUGGAAACGGGAUGACAAUUCAAGGAUCACAAUCAAUAAAAAUCACAUAGUGAAUGAGUGGGAAGGUGACACGUUAGAGAUAACACGCAUCUCACGGCUUGAUAUGGGUGCCUACCUGUGUAUAGCAUCAAAUGGUGUACCACCAACUGUGUCAAAGCGGAUCAAAGUUAGCGUUGACUUUCCUCCUAUGCUUUUGAUUCCCCAUCAACUGGUUGGGGCUCCCGAAGGUUUCAACGUAACGAUCGAAUGCUUCACAGAAGCACAUCCAACUUCACUGAAUUACUGGACACGUGGAGAGGGACCCAUAAUACACGACUCCUACAAAUAUAAAGUGGAAUCCAGUGUUGGUGUUCCGUUGUACAAAACGCAUAUGAAACUAACAAUUAUAAAUGUCAGUAGCGGAGAUGAUGGUAUUUACAAAUGUGUGGCCAAAAAUCCACGUGGCGAAACUGACGGCGUCAUUCGACUUUACGUUUCAUAUCCACCAACCACAGCACCCCCUGGACUCUACACUACCGAAAUACGGUGGGAUGUGUUCUCUGGUCACGGCAGUGAAACGUCACGAACAAUUUAUGGUCAGGACAAAAACACGCGCUUUCUAUCCAAUUUAAAUGAAAUUGGCACGUCGGAGCAAAAAUCGUUUACCGAAAAAAAGAAUGGCGCUUUAGGAGCAAGUGGUACUGAAGAAACCGAUGAUGACGCACUUCAAUCAAAUGUUGGUUCGCUGUUGAACAUCUUGCCCCAUGAACUACUUGUUCUAAUAUUAUUCACACAAUGGUUAUAAACGCAUAUCGGGCUUUGGCAACAUCCAAGCGAAUGUUUGUUAUGAAUACAUACAUAAAUACAUGCAUACAUACAUACAUACAUACAUACAUACAUAUGUAUACAUAUCUCUAAAAUGUAUAAUAAAACGCUUUUGUAGCAACAUAUUACUCCCCAAAUGCCUUCAUGCUCGUUCUCUCAAAUCACGUUACGCGAUCGCAUGGCUAUAUCCACAUAUGGUACAUAGUAUAUACAUAUACACGAAUUAUAUAUACGUAUGUAUUUAUAUUAGUUUAAAAAUGAUGUAAA